CAUGGUGGCACACAACAGAUCAGCGAAGUGGGAGCGCCGCCGGAGGAGCUAGCUCGCACCACACUUCGUCGAGCUCCCAAGUCCGAAAGUCCAGCAUCAUGUUUCGUCCAAUGGCGGUGGUGAACUCUGCAUAAAGGGGAAGGCGAAUUGCAACAAGAGCAAGUUCGGCGAUCCCCGGUUGACGCCCGGCCCAGCACCGGGCGGAAGCCAGGAGCCCAACCCGGGGGCGAGCGCUCGCUUCUCGGGGUACCUAGAGGGGCUCCGGGGCACUCCCAAAAGCCUCCAGCCCCGCUCGCCUCUUCGGGCAAACGGCUAAGCGGCUCUCGGAUCCCGGAGAAGGAGGCCUUUCUGUCUCUUGUUUCCCCCUCUCUUGCUUUUUUUCGCCCUGGAGCUAAAUUAACAUUUUGAACUGGAUUUAAACGCACCGUCCACUUCCAAGACUAUGAAAAUGGCGUCCUAUGUGGAUAACAGCUUUCGGGAGGCUGUGAUGAUGAACCCGGCGAACAGGACGCAACAGGACCUGGAGAUCGUCUACUCCUACCUCCACGGCAUGGAGGCCUUGUCCAACCUGCGGGAGCACCAGCUGCGGAUCAUGUGCGAGACGGUGCGCUACGAGAGGCACGAAGCCAACGAAGUGCUCUACUACCCUGACGACAUCGGAAGCUGCUGGUACAUCCUUUUGUCGGGCUCAGUCUUCAUCAAGGAGUCCAUGUUCCUGCCCAGAAGCAGCUUCGGCAAGCGAUCGGCAGGCAGCCUGAGACGUGGAUGUGAGUGCAUCGUCCUGGAACCCUCAGAGAUGAUUGUGGUGGACUAUAUGGAUGAGAAUGAGGAGUACUUCCAGAGACAAGCUUCCCACCGCCAGUCCCGCCGCCGCUUCCGGAAGAUCAACCAGAAAGGGGAACGGCAGACCAUCAUAGACACAGUGGAUCCGUACCCUGCUGGGAAACCGCCCAUAGCCCGGGGGUACCACACGCUGCCCGCAGACUUCAGUCGACUUCACCUGGCCGACGGCUUGCACCCACAGGUGACGCACGUGUCCUCCAGCCACUCGGGAUGUAGUAUCACCAGCGACUCCGGAAGCAGCAGCCUGUCUGAUAUCUACCAGGCAACCGAGAACGAGCCCGGCGACAUGGACCUGAGCGGCCUGCCGGAGACGGCCGUCGACUCUGAGGAGGACGACGACGAGGAGGACAUCGAGCGAGCGUCGGACCCCCUCAUGAGCCGGGACAUCGUCCGAGACUGCCUGGAGAAGGACCCCAUGGACAGGACGGACGACGACAUAGAGCAAUUACUGGAGUUCAUGCAUCAGCUGCCAGCCUUCGCCAACAUGACCAUGUCGGUAAGGCGUGAAUUGUGCGCCGUCAUGGUCUUCGCCGUGGUGGAGCGCGCCGGUACCAUCGUUCUCAAUGACGGCGAGGAGCUGGACUCGUGGUCGGUGAUCUUGAACGGUUCAGUGGAGGUAACGCACCCUGAGGGGCGAACGGAGAUCCUGUGCAUGGGCAACAGCUUCGGGGUAUCGCCCACCAUGGAGAAGGAGUACAUGAAGGGGGCCAUGAAGACCAAGGUGGACGACUGCCAGUUUGUGUGCAUAGCCCAGCAGGACUACUGCUGCAUCCUCAACCAGGUGGAGAAGAACAUGCAGAAGGUGGAGGAGGAAGGAGAGAUCGUCAUGGUCAAGGAGCACCGAGAACUGGACCGAACCGGUACCAGGAAAGGACACAUUGUCAUCAAGGGCACGUCGGAGCGUCUGACCAUGCACCUGGUCGAGGAGCACUCAGUGGUGGACCCCACCUACAUUGAGGACUUCCUGUUGACGUACAGGACCUUUCUGUCCAGCCCCAUGGUGGUGGGCAAGAAGCUGCUGGAGUGGUUCCACGACCCCAGUCUCAGGGACAAGGUGACACGGGUGGUCUUGCUGUGGGUCAACAAUCACUUCAACGACUUUGAGGGGGAUGUCGCCAUGACUCGCUUCCUGGAGGAGUUUGAAAACAACCUGGAGAGAGAAAAAAUGUGCGGCCACCUGCGGCUGUUAAACAUCGCGUGCGCCGCCAAAGCCAAACCUCGCCUAGUGACGCUGACCAAAGCGUCAAGGGAGGCCGCACUCGCCUUCAGCCUUCUAGGAGGACAAGACAAAGGAUUCCGAGUCUUCAUCGACACCGUGGAGGCUGGCAGCAAGGCUGCGGAGGCAGGGCUCAAGAGAGGGGAUCAGAUCUUGGAGGUGAACGGGCAGAACUUUGAGAACGUCCAACUCAGCAAAGCCAACGAGAUUCUGAAGAACAACACGCACUUGUCCAUAACUGUGAAAACCAACCUUUUAGUAUUUAAAGAGCUGCUAACCAGGCCCGAGCUGGAGCUCCACGGCGACGUGGACGGCGAGGACGAGCAUGACCGGAAGAACGGCGCACCUCACCUGCCCAAGAUCGGCGACAUCAAGAAGGCCAGCCGCUACUCCAUACCUGACCUGGCGGUGGACGUGGAGCAGGUGAUGGGCCUGGAGAAGGCCAGCAAGAAGGCCAAGAGCAACUCGGUGGGAGGACGCAAUAAGCUCAAGAAGAUCUUUGACAAGACGCUCACUAGCAUCCUGCCUCCCAAACCUUACAAUAGCGACGUGUGCGUGGGGCAGUCCCAGGACGACAGCAUCGUGGGCAUGAAGCAGUCCAAGCAGAUCCCGCCGGCGCUGCCCGUCAGCGGCAACCUGUCGUCGUCCAACCCUGACCUGCUCCAGUCGCACCACCGCAUUCUGGACUUCAACAACCAGCCCGUGCCGGUCAGCCUAAAUAUGUCCGACCAGGUGCUGCGGGUGUUCAAGGCAGACCAACAGUCACGCUACAUCAUGAUUGGCAAGGACACCACAGCCAAGGAGGUGGUGGCCCAGGCUAUCCGGGAGUUUGCGCUGACGGCCGCGCCCGAGGCCUACUCGCUCUGCGAGGUGUCCGUCACGCCAGAGGGCGUCAUCAAACAGAGGCGGCUGCCCGACCAGCUCUCCAAACUAGCCGACAGGAUACAGCUGAGCGGGAGGUACUACCUGAAGAGCAACAUGGAGACGGAGACGCUGUGCUCGGACGAGGACGCCCAGGACCUCCUUCGCGAGGGCCAGAUCUCGCUGCUGCAGCUGAGCACGGUGGAGGUGGCCACGCAGCUGUCCAUGCGCGCCUUCCAGCUCUUCUGCGCCAUCGAGCCCACCGAGUACAUCGACGACCUGUUCAAGCUGCGUCCCAGGGCGGGCGCCGCCUCCAGCCUCAAGCGCUUCGAGGAGGCCAUCAACCAUGAGACCUUCUGGGUGGCCACGGAGGUUACGCGGGAGCCCAACCAGCUCAAGCGCAUGAAGACGGUCAAGCACUUCAUCAAGAUCGCGCUGCACUGCCGCGAGUGCAAAAACUUUAACUCCAUGUUCGCCAUCAUCAGCGGUUUGAACCUGGCUCCCGUCUCCCGACUUCGCGGAACGUGGGAGAAGCUGCCCAGUAAGUACGAGAAGCUCUUCGGCGACCUUCAGGACUUGUUCGAUCCCUCCAGGAACAUGGCCAAGUACCGAAACGUCCUCAACAACCAGAACCUGCAGCCGCCCAUCAUCCCGCUCUUCCCCGUCAUCAAGAAGGACCUCACCUUUCUGCAUGAAGGCAACGACUCCAAAGUGGACGGCCUGGUGAACUUCGAGAAGCUGCGGAUGAUCGCCAAAGAGAUCCGCCAUGUGGGCCGCAUGGCCUCGGUCAACAUGGACCCCAACCUCAUGUUCAGGACCAGGAAGAAGAAGUGGAGAAGUUUAGGGUCCCUGAGUCAGGGCAGCGCCAACGCGGCCGUGCUGGACGUGAACCAGACAGGCGGCCAUAAGAAGCGUGUGCGGCGCAGCUCCUUCCUCAAUGCCAAGAAGCUAUACGAGGAUGCCCAGAUGGCGCGCAAGGUCAAACAGUAUCUGGCCAAUCUCAGCCUGGAGACCAACGAGGAGAGUCUGCAGACGCUCUCGCUGCAGUGCGAGCCGUCCGUCAGCACGCUGCCCAAGAACUCGGGGGUCCGUCGCGCCGACACGUCUCCCGUGGUGUCCAGAGCGGCCAGCCAGCAGAGGGGGCAGCUGGCCAAAGGCUCCCAGGCCCUGCAGGUGCCCGCCGUGGCCCUGUACCCAUCGCGCAAGAAGGUGCCCGUCAAGGACCUGCCUCCCUUUGGUACCAGCUCCCCUCAGUCUCUGAAGAAGAUCCUGUCUCUGUCGGAAGAGGCCACCGAGCGCCAUCGCCGGAAUCCCGAGGACUCGGCGCCAUCCAACGCCUCCUCGCAGCUCUCCUCGCCGCCCGGCUCGCCGCAGAGCUCCCCCAAAAAGGGUUACAACCGCAUGGGCGACUCGUACUCGGACUGCGGUCAAAGCGAGAUGUCGUCUCGCUCCAGCCUGCUCAGCAACUUGUCCUUCGAGGACGAGCGGCGGCUGAGGCAUUCGGUGGGCGUCGCCGAGUCCCACGGCUGCGGAGCGCGUCUGGAGCGGAGGGCCGCCACCGACCCCGACCAGUACAGCCUCGGGUCAUACUCGUCGAUGCAGGACUGCCGGGGCAUCUACGCGGGCUGCCCCACGGCGCUUUCGUCUCCCAGCUCAGAGGAGCUGACCCAGGAUCAGGGCGACCGCGUAUCCCUGGACGCGGCCGACAGCGGGCGCGGUUCCUGGACGUCGUGCUCGUCCGGUUCCCACGACAACAUCCAGACCAUGCAGCAGGGGCGCAGCUGGGAGACGCUGGCCUUCGGCGGGGGGCUCCCGCACUCCGCCCCCGAGGCGAUGCUGUGGGCGGCGCAGGCGCGGGGCAGCUGGGCGUCGGCCGGCUCCUCGUCGUCCGCUGCCUACUGGGGCGAAGAUUCGGAGGGCGACACGGGCACCAUCAAGAGGCGGGGCGGCAAGGACGUCAACGCCGACGCCGAGACCAGCAGCAUCACGUCCACCGGGUCCGAGGACGCCAAGCAGAUGGGACGGCCCUCGCCCUCGCCCGUCAAUGCCGCCUCGAAAGGACUCAUGUCCCGGAAAGAGGGGCGCUACCGCGAGCCUCCCCCGACGCCGCCCGGCUACACGGCGCUGACCAUCUCCGAGCUGGCGGACGGGCAGUCGCCGCCCCCUCCCGGCCCCGCUUCCGCCACGUCCGCUGCGCCGACGCCGUCGAGCCGCCGCCCGCCCGACUACACCACGGCGCUACAGCGCUCGCGGAUGGUGACGCAGUCCCCCGACUCCCAGGCCCACCAGGCGGCAUCCAAGCGGAGGGGCGGCGGCCUACGGCGCGGCCGGGACGACGGCGACGACGACGAGGCGGCGGCGGCGGAGGAGGAGGAAGAGGAGGGUGAGUCUCCUAAACUUGUCGCUCUGAGGAAGCCGAGGGCGCAGCGUACCCCCCGGUCCCUCCGACCGUGACUGUGUGUGUGAAUUGGGGGGGGCGCCCCCAAACCCCGUGGCAGAUGACGAGCAGGUGUCGGCGGUCUGAAGGGGGAAAAAAUAAAAUAAAAUCUUCGACGUCCCUCCGAGCGACCAAUAGACUCGCAUCUUCAAGCUACUACGUGCCUGCUCUGCCUCCUGAUUGGUGGAUUCCUCCUGUUGGCUCUUCCUCCUCUUGCUCUCCCACCCCGCCGCCUUAAAGCAUCAUGGGGCGUUGACGGACCCUGCAUGCAAAAAAGAAAUGGAAGAAAAAUACUGUGAAGAAGAAGAAGAGGAGGAGGUGAAAGAUGACAAAUGCCUGGCACUUUUUGGACGAUUUAAAGACAUUUUAGAAAAUUAAAACAACGUUGACAUCUCAUCUGCACUAAAAAGAACAAAAAAAACAAAAACCACAAGCAGAAGACAUUUUGAGGACGCUUUCAAUCAAACUCUUUUGCACUCCUGACCCACUGCAGGAUGUUGGAACAAUGACGCCAGUAUUAACACAAAUGGACAAAACUUAAGACACAUUUGACGAGCACUUUCAGCACAAAACCUAGCGGACGCGCUCCUGGACGCCAGGGUAACGAUGACGACGAGGCGGCGGCACCGCGUCGUCUUCUGCGGGGACGCCGGUUGGCGUCCGAAAAGCACAAAAAAGUGGACGGGGACGGAGGGUCUUAAAAAAACAAACAAAAAAAACAGGUUGUUGCGCCCUGAGGACUGGAAAGCUGUCAAUCGUGGCCCUCGUUGUCAUUCAUGAGUCAAGUUUGCGUGAAUGUCCAAAGCGCCUUACGACUGCACGUUCAUUACAUCACACCACGCAAGCCCGACUUCAACAAGCUGAGUGAAAUGCCUUAUUGUUCCACAACGCUUCCUUUACAUCUUCACAGCCCCGCCUCGUCCUACCUUUUAUCUGUUACCCCCCCCAAAAAGUGGACACCCCCUGCCAUCCAUAAUAAUGGGACUUCACUGAAGGACUUUUUGUUAUUGUUGUUUUUGUUUUUGUAUACUGCGGUGGCGAAGGAAUUAAAAGAAGAAAAAUAAGGCUCCCAAUGGGGUCGAUGCCAAGGAGUCUUCGAGCCAUACGGAAAUGACAAACUAAGCUAAUGAGGUUGAAAUGUUACCAGGAUAUAUCACUAAUUUAAGGGCAAAAGCUUGUCUUUUUACAAGAAUAAAAUUGUACUAUUAGUUCAAAAACUAUAUAUACAACCCCAAUUCCAAUGAAGCUGGAUGUUGUGUUAAACAUAAAGAAAAACAGAAUACAUCCAUCCAUCCAUUUUCUGAGCCGCUUCUCCUCACUCGGGUCGCGGGCGUGCUGGAGCCUAUCCCAGCUGUCAUCGGGCAGGAGGCGGGGUACACCCUGAACUGGUUGCCAGCCAAUCGCAGGGCACAUCGAAACAGACAACCAUUCGCACUCACAGUCAUGCCUACGGGCAAUUUAGAGUCUCCAAUGAAUGCAUGUUUUUGGGAUGUGGGAUGAAACCGGAGUGCCCGGAGAAAACCCUCGCAGGCACGGGGAGAACAUGCAAACUCCACACAGGCGGGGCUGGGGAUUGAACCCGGGUCCUCAGAACUGUGAGGGUGACGCUCUAACCAGUCGUUCACCGUGCCGCCAAACAGAAUACAAUGAUUUGCAAAUCAUGUUCGACCUAUAUUCAGUUGAAUACACUACAAAGACAAGAUAUUUAAUUGAAUUCAUUAAUUAAGCUGUACAUCAAGCAAGAAUGGGAAAUAAUUCCACCUACAAAGUUUCAACAAUUGGUGUCCUCAGUUCCCAAACGUUUAUUGAAUGUUGUUAAAAGAAAAGGUGAUGUAACACAGAGGUAAACAUGACCGUGUUGGAACAUGUUACAGCCAUACAAUUCGAAGUUAAUGAUUAUUUGCAAAAAACAAUCAAGUUUGUCAGUUUGAACAGUAAAUAUCUUGUCUUUAUAGUGUAUUCAAUUAAAUAUAGGUUGAACAUGAUUUGCAAAUCAUUGUAUUCUGUUAUUAUUCAUGUUUAACACAAUAUCCCAACUUCAUUGGAAUUGGGGUUGUAUGUUCGUAAAAACUUUAUAUUACCAGAAAAAAGUCACAAUGCUUUGAGAAUAAGAUCUGAAUAGUCAAGAAAAAAGGUUGGAAAUUUGAGAAAUAAUAACCCAGCUUUUAGUGGAAAGUAUUUUUCCAAGAAUAGCGGUGUAAUGUUAGUGUAAAAAAAAAAAAGAAAAAAAAGAAUCGCAAUAUUUCGAUCAUAAAAUCCUUGUUACCAGGGAAAAAAAGUAGUACUUUUCAAGGAUAAAAUCAGAAUAUUAUUGUAGAAAAUGUUUUAUUUGUUUGUUUCUCCCAAGAACAAAGUUGUAAUUUUACCAGGAACAAGUUGUGAAUAAACGAGAAAAGAGCUUAGAAUAUUACCAGGAAAAAAAACAUCAUCACGAGAACAAAAUCAUAAUAGAAAAAAAGUCCCAACUUUUCAAGAUUAGGGAUGUAAUAAUACUAGCGGAAAAAACAAUACUAUUACCAUUAUAAAGAUCAUUAUGUUACAACAUAUGGAGUCAUAUUUUUUCAAGGAUAAAAUCAGAAUAUUAGCGGAAAAUGUUUUUACACUUUUCUGGGAACAUUGAUCUUCCGUUCCGCUUCUCCUCACGCGGGUCGUGGGCGUGCUGGAGCCUAUCCCAGCUAUCUCUGGACGAGAGGCAGGGUAAGCCCUGAACUGGUCGCCAGCCAAUUGCAGGGCACAUAGAAACAAACGACCAUUCGCACUCACAUUCACAAAUAAGGGGAAAUUUAGAGUCUUCAAUGAACCUACCCUGCAUGUUUUUGGGAUGUGGGAGAAAACCCACGCAGGCACGGGGAGAACAUGCAAACUCCACACAGGCGAGGCCGGGAAUUGAACCCCGGUCCUCAGAACUGAGGCAGAUGUGCUAACCAGUCGUGCCGCUUUCUGGGAACAAAUUUGUAAUUUUACAGGGAACAAAUUGUAAGUUAACAAAACAAAGAGCCAAGAAUAUUACAAGGAGUAAAAAGUGAAACUUUUGAGUCUUAAUUUAACAGGGAAAAGAACUCAAAACAUUUUACAAGAAAAAAAAAAAAAAAAAAUCAUUUAAUGAAAGAAAUCAUCCAUCCAUCCAUUUUCUGAGCCGCUUCUCCUCACUAGGGUCGCAGGCGUGCUGGAGCCUAUCCCAGCUAUCAUCGGGCAGGAGGCGGGUACACCCUGAACUGCUUGCCAGCCAAACGCAGGGCACAUACAAACAAACAACCAUUCGCACUCACAGUCAUGCCUACGGGCAAUUUAGAGUCUCCAAUGAAUGCAUGUUUUUGGGAUGUGGGAGGAAACCGGAGUGCCCGGAGAAAACCCUCGCAGGCACGGGGAGAACAUGCAAACUCAGCACAGGCGGGGCCGGGGAUUGAACCCUGGUCCUCAGAACUGUGAGGCUGACGCUCUAACCAGUCGUCCACCGUGCCGCCUGAAAGAAAUCAUGAUAUUUGUAAAAAAAAAAAAAUUCCAAUAUUAAAGUUUUAAUUUCACCGGAAUAAAGAACACAUUUUAUAGGGAAAAUUAUUUUCCAACAAUGACAUUGUAAUCGGACUAAAAAACAAACAACAACAAAAAAACUAUUUUGAACGUAGUCGUUCCGACCGAUUAAGUAAUGUUGUUUAAAAAAAAAAAUAAUAAUAAACCUUUUCU